AUGACUGAGCUCAGCACUGAUCGCAGGUUCCACAACCUGACCAGGGAGCAGAUCUACACCUUAGACCAGGUCCUGACAGAGGUCAUUCCCAUCCACGGAAGGGGCAACUUUCCAACGCUCGAAGUAAAGCCAAAAGACAUCAUUCAUGCAGUGAGGAACAUGCUGACAGAGAAGCAGAUUAAAGUGAGGGAUGUCCGCCUCAAUGGCUCCACUGCCAGCCACGUGCUGGUUAAAGAGAAUGGCACUAGCUACAAGGACUUGGACAUCAUCUUUGGGGUUGAAAUAUCAAAGCAAGAGGACUUCCAGAUAAUCAAGGAAGUUGUACUUGGGUGUCUGAUGGAUUUUUUACCACAAAGAGUCAACAAAGACAAGAUCACCCCUCUGACCAUGAAAGAAGCCUAUGUACAGAAAAUGGUCAAAGUGUUCACUGAGCAUGACCGCUGGAGCCUCAUCUCUUUAUCUAACAACAGUGGCAAGAAUGUGGAGCUGAAGUUUGUCAACUCUUUGCGUAGGCAGUUUGAGUUCAGUGUGGAUUCCUUCCAGAUCAUUCUGGAUAGCAUAUUGGAGUCAUAUCUUGAGGCUGAGAGGAGGCAAGUGGCCAAGGGAGGAAGUCUAGAGAAUUACACUUUAGUGGCGGAGAGCAUGUAUGGGGACUUUGAACAAGCAAUGGACCAUCUCCGCUACAGGCUCAUUGCCACACGCAACCCCGAGGAGAUUCGGGGUGGCGGCUUGCUCAAAUACAGCAACUUGCUGGUGCGUGACUUCAAACCAGCCAGCGAGACUGAGAUCAAGACCCUUGAGCGUUAUAUGUGCUCACGCUUUUUCAUUGACUUCCCUGAUGUAAAUGAGCAGCAGCGUAAGAUUGAGUCCUACCUUCGCAACCACUUCAUCGGUGAGGAGAAGAGCAAGUAUGACUACCUGAUGACCCUGCGGCGUGUGGUUAAUGAGAGCACUGUGUGCCUAAUGGGUCAUGAGCGCCGGCAGACCCUCAACAUGAUCACCAUCCUGGCCCUCAAGGUCCUAGGAGAACAGAACAUUAUUCCCAACACUACUAAUGUCACCUGCUAUUAUCAGCCUGCACCAUACAUGACUGACCACAACUUUAGCAACUAUUACAUUUCCCACAGUCAGCCACCUCUCAUAUAUCACCCCUAUCCCUUACAUCUCCACAUAGAGACUGGCUUGGUUUAG